AUGUUGAAGAAUUACUCUAGUGCCAUUGAAUUUUAUCUCCUCGGCUUCCCUGGCUCCAAGGAGCUACAUGAUAUUCUUUUUUCUACUUUCUUCUUUCUCUACUUAGUGACACUGAUGGGAAACAUGCUCAUUGUCCUGAUGGUUUGUGUGGACAAACGUCUGCAGUCUCCCAUGUAUUUCUUCCUUGGCCACCUCUCUGUGCUAGAGAUCCUAAUAACAUCUGUUGUUGUCCCCUUGAUGCUCUGGGGCUUGCUGAGUUCAGGGAUUCAGGCAAUUUCUCUAAGUGCUUGUGCUGUACAGCUCUAUUUGUACCUUUCUUUAGGUACAUCAGAGAUUAUACUCAUGGGUGCCAUGGCUGUGGACCGUUAUGUGGCUGUCUGUAAUCCUUUAAGGUACAACAUCAUUAUGAACAGCAGUACCUGCAUCUGGGUAGUAAUUGCGUCUUGGGUGUUUGGGUUUCUAUUUCAAAUCUGGCCAGUGUAUGCUACAUUUCAACUUACCUUUUGCAAAUCAAAUGUGUUAGACCAUUUUUACUGUGACCGAGGACAGCUACUGAAACUUGCCUGUGACAACACUCUUUUUACAGAGUUUAUUCUUUUCUUAAUGGCUGUCUUUGUGAUCAAUGGUUCCAUGAUCCCUACAGUUGUAUCCUACACCUACAUCAUCUGCACCAUCCUCAAGAUCCCCUCAGUUUCAGGUCGGAGAAAAGCCUUCUCUACCUGUGCCUCACACUUUACCUUUGUUGUGAUUGGCUAUGGCACCUGUUUGUUUCUCUAUGUGAAGCCCAAGCAGACACAGGCUGCGGAGUACAACAGAGUGGCCUCUGUGAUGGUUUUAGUGGUAACCCCUUUCCUGAAUCCUUUUAUCUUUACUCUCCGAAAUGACAAAUUCAUAGAGGCUUUUCGACAUAACUUAAGACGCUGCUAUCAAUUUCUUAAAGAUUAG